AUGGGCAACGCCGAGAGUUGCGGCGCGCUCCAAGCAGAGCUCGAGAAGCUGGAGAGCACGUUGGCGAUCCUAGCAGUGACCAACCCUGUGGGAUGUCGUCCCUUGCUUCCGCAUCACGUUCAGCAUCGUGGUGCUGUCUUGCGUUGCAAACCAGGUGUGUCCGUCAUGCUCGGCCCCGUUGUUGGCGUCGUCGGCCCCGACUGCGCUCGCAUUCUUCUUGAAGUCGACACGUCCACCACUGUCAUGUGCCACCUGUCUCGGCAAGAGAGCGUCACGGGUCAGUGGCUGGAAGUGGACGCCGCUCGAGUCACGAUGGAAUGCACCAAGGGCCGACCAAGCGUAUUUUGCGUCAUGAACCUUCUCCCUGGAACGCAAUACGCGUACGCAUUCAGUGGCAUUUCUGAGACGGAUGCGACGUCUCGUUGCGGAUGCUUUCACACGCUUCACGUGUCCGACGCUCCCAUUCAAGUCGGCGUCGUGAGCAGCAACGACUUGCUAGCUAGCAACUCGACGGAUGUGUGGGGUCGAUUGUCGGAGACGAUCGAUCGCGCAGCGCUCGGCGAUGUGCUCCCUCCCCCAGUCCAUUAUUUGUUGCACUUGGGAGGUCAAGUCGUGUUGGAGGGCGUGUUUGAGCAGUGCUGGGUCAUGCUGACCCGAUUCGCAUCGUCAUCCGCGGCGACUGCGUCGUCCACAUGGGCGACGAUGGAAGCCCAAGUCGUCGAGCGCAUGCGAGCGGCGUACCGAUUCCAGUGGAGUCUGCCCGCGAUUCGCCACGUCUUGGCGAACACGUCGAACGUAAUGCUGUGGAGCGACCAAGACAUUUACUGCGACUUUACGACGAGCGCCACGUUCAACAUGGACCACGACGCGCCAUCGAUGCAGAUGCAAGUGAUGCGGGUGCUGCUGCGAUCGGCGCGGCGCGUGUACCAUGAGUACCAGCGCCAACUCUGGGACACCAACUACGCUGUCUUCGUGGCUGACACGGAUGCGUUGGUUGCGGCGUCCGAGGCGUCCAUCGCGACGACGGCGACUGUUUUCCAAUAUGCCCAAGAAAUGGCCGACCUCGAGAAGCAAGUCGCAAUGGCCAAGCGAAAGAUGGAAUUCGACAUGGUCAAGCGGUGCGAGGCCCGGUUGGCUGAGCUCCAGGCGCGGCGUGCCGAGCUCCAAGUGCAGUUUAUGACGCUGCGAGAACAAACGGCCCCUCGGCGCGGCGAAGAGUGCUUCGUCCAGGUCGGGAGCGAAAUGGGAUUUCUGAUGCUAGACAUGCGCGGAACCAAGCUGUCGCCUGCCGGGGCUCAAGCCCCGGACAAUCCCGUGUUGAGUCCAGAGCAAUGGGAUUUCGUCGUCGGUGUGCUGGCCGAUGCCACGUUGCGUCUGCUAGUCGUGUGUUCGGAGCUGCCUCUCGCGGACGACACCACCGCCAGCAUUCAAGCGUUCAUGGCCGCCAAGGCCAAGCCAUCCGACUCGUCCAUGGGCCACCGCCAACGCACACCGUGUCAAAGUUGGUGGGGCACAGCACCACGCGACCAGGAACGCCUCUUGACCCUUCUCUCCGAGUGGAAGCUCCAGAAACCGAACCGCGACGUCGUGUUGCUUUCUGGCGCGUCGUCCAUGCGGUGCGCGCUGGCGUCGACGGUCACCGACGUAAAAAUGCGAACGAAACUUUGCCAGCACGUCGUCGGGCCGGUCGCUGGCCCGUGUCGUCCGCUGUGCAUCCCAUCCAAGGCGGGAGUUCUCGGCGACGGCGGUCGGUUCGAGUUUUGCCACGACGUGGUCUUGCCGCACGAAAACAACGUUGCCAUGCUGACUCUGGCCGCGGCGGACGGACGGGACCCCGUCGUCACGUGCCGUCGCGUUGGGCAGCUGCCAUCGACGGUGCACGUCGUCGUGGGGCCAGUCGUCGGCGUCGUGGAUGCGCAGUCAUGCGCGAUCCUGCUUGAAGUCGACGCCGCCGCGACGAUCGGUUGCGUGGUGAUCAAUGCCGUCGACCCGACCGACGAGCACCGGCUGCUCCAAACGUUUCCUGCCAGUCGACCCAAAGCAUUUUACUUGACGCACUUGAAUCCUGGCCAGCAGUACACGGCCCACUUCCUCGGACUCGCACCGUCCGACUCCUCGCGACCCGUGACGUGUUCAUUCCACACCCCCGAGAAAACGCCGCUCCGCUGGAACAUGGUGCUAGUCUGCAACGACGUGCACGUCCCGUUUACGUCGCCCGUGCCCCACGCGGCGACGUCGUUAUGGUCGGCCAUCGAAGCCACGACAAGUCAGCCGUUCUCUGCCGUAAACCUCGUCGUGCAUUUGGGAGGCCAGGUGAGUGUGCAAGGCAAUGCGUGCGUCGACGAAGCGCUGGCGCUGCUGCGAGCGCGCGCAACGAGCCGAGCGCCCGACAACGACAAUCGCGUCACGAUUGACCUGGUCAAGGAGCAACUACGCAACAUCUAUCGGAUCCACUGGAACGUUGCAGACACAAGGCAAGCGUUGUCAUGUGGGUCGCAUGCCAUGGUGUGGAGCGAGCGCGAUGUCCUGGACCAAGCAUCGUUUAAUCCGCACGAUGACCAUGCAAGGCAGCUGACUCGCCUCUUGCGAGAAGUCGCAGCGGAGUACCAGGAUCAGCUAUGGCUGCCCCAUUCGGUGCACUCGCAGGCGUGGGGUGGUUUCGGCCUCUAUGUGUGGCGAAAGCAGAGAAUGGACGACGCCAUCACGGACGAUGGCGGCGCGCGGUGGUCCAAGCUAGCGCAGCUGUUGAGUCAGCCCAUUUCGACGCUCAUCCUUGCGUGCGACCAACCGCUCGUGGACGACUCGAUCGAAGACACCACGGCAAAGGCCAACUACAACUCUGCGUACGCCCACCGCCUGCCGUACCAAGGCGCUGACUUGGUGCGGCUGCUGCACGUCGUGCUCGAGUGGAAGGGGCCGGCCAAUAGCCUCAAGCAAGUUGUGUGCAUCUGCGGCAACGACUAUUUUGGAUUCGACACGGUCAUUCAGCAUGCAGUGUCCACCGCCACGAUGCGGCAAAUCGUUGUCGGGCCGCUUUGCUCUGAGUACUCGGUCGACAUGCUGCGUGCGAUUACGUACUUGCCCCAAGGAUCGAUCGGCCAUCUCGCAACGUACCGCCACAAUUUCGAUCCGGCCUACUGGAACCAUCACUUUGGGUACCUAUCGUUGCUGGACCACACGAAGGCGAGGCCGGGGGCCGGGCAGCCUGCGGCGUACACAGUGGUCGUGCGGGACGACGUGCCCAUGAGCACCGGUCCAAGCCCUGAAGAAGGCACAUCCAGUGGGCUCCACUUUGUGCUGGAACCCGCGGCGACGUGGUAUCGGGCGGCCGACUUGCCUGCGGCAUUGCUCGAGGCGACCACGUCCGCACUGACGGACGAGAGUGUGCUAGCCAUGGACCGCAUCAAAGCCAUCCUCGCGUCGGGGAAAGCCGCCGAGUGGACGGAGGCAUAUGGCAAGACGCGGCAUCCCACGCAAAGCUCGACGAAUGUGCUCCACUUGACCCAAGCGCUGUACCCUGGUCUCCAGCACCUCUUUGCGAUCGGCGGCCUCGACUUGCGCGCGCUCACGGACGUGCCGUCCAUGUACGCGAUGUAUGCCGUGCUCCAAUCGAGGACUGCCUACGCGCUUGGGAUGGUCGACUUGGUUGGCUUUCAGCAGCUUUGCUUUGAAACGAUCGAGGUAGCGCUGCGCCUGACCCAACGCGCGAAAUGUUUACACACGUCGACCCCACCGUCAGCGACGGUCCCUGGAGCUAGCCCUCCAGCACCACCAACGGGUGGCGCGGCCGCCUUGAUCCAAUCCCCUCGUGACGAGCGACUCCAGCCAGAUAUGGUAGAUCGCGGCAAGGAAUAGCAACUAGGAACCGUUCCUCGGAUCAUCAUGUGCCUGAAUUCGCCGCUUUCGGGCUCGUACGCAUCCCUGAGAUGUAAUAUGGUG